AUGUUGGAAGCCUUAGUGGCAUUUUUUGUCUACAUAGCUGAAAGUUUCACGGGAAGCGUUCUUGAAAACUCUUCCGUUACAACUCAUUGCAGACAAGAUCAGGAAGACAUAAAUAACAGUGAUAGCCAGGAGGUGGAACGACUGCUUCCAGAAACUGACCCCUUAAAAGACUUUACAAAGUUUGAUCCUGAAAACGCUAGCGAUACAAUAUUUCAGGAAUUCGAUCCUCUGCCUGGAUGUUCCGGUAGUAUGGCGUGGAAGCUCUCCCGGCCUGCCCCUUGGAAGUCGUUUGUGAUGUGUUUCAAAACGGUGUUUGCGAUGCAUUUCUUAUGGGGUUCCAGCAUUGCUUUACUCGCGAUUACUGUUGUGGUUUUAGAUUUCAACAUAGCGGACUUGUGCUACGAAAAGACAUUCAGAUGGAACAGUAUGCCAAAAAUGAUCCAGAGUAUACGAGUCACCGGACAGGCCGUUGAAGGAUUCUUUAUCCAGCUUUGGCAUUUUUUUAUUAUGCUGUGCAUGUUUGGGUUUUCAACGAUGAAGGAACUCAACCUUUUAACGAUCAAUCUCCUCGCUGCCUUCAUGGACGUCUGUUAUCGACUAUUUUUACAGGUAUUCGGCAUCUAUAAACGCCCCUGGAUGUCUUACCCUCUAAAUGUUCUAUUUGCCUCAAUAGUGCUUAGCAACAGCUUGAUUAUAGCCAAGCACAUCAUACCUGUACAAAUCUACAGCAAAACAAAACUGUUGAAGGUCACCAGUGUGCUAGCAUUGCAAUUCGUAACUGGUAUACCUGUCACGUUUUUACUGGUUUACUACAUCUUUCCAUGGUAUAACAAGAAAGGUGAGGUUGAGAAAGUACUGAUUGCUGGUGCAAGCCCACUAAUUAUCUCUAUUCCCAAAGUUAUUGUUCGCGCAGCUGCGCCGAAGUUCGACCUCGUUCACCCAGGAGUUCUGUACCUUUUGGUGAGCACGCUGUACUCGAGCUCAGCUGUGGUAUUCCGUGUAAUGCAGGCAGAAUUGACAAACUUUUCACUUUUCGCUGCCUUGGGACUUGGUCAUGCAUUGGUCGAUCUUGUUGAACGCUUAACCGUUACCAUGCGAGAUUACAUAUAUGAGUACACUUAUAAACUCUUAUCGCGCUGUAACAACAGAACACAAACGAGAAACUUUCACGCUGCUAAAGCUCGAACGCCUCGAAGCAUGCGCUUCGUUGCGGAUGUAAGCAUUCAGCUUCUCCUCACAGAACCAACAGCCCUAGUCUCCGCUGUGUGGUUUAUCCAAUUCUAUCGGUAUAUGUACCCUGAUGGCGCGAGACCUUCCGUUUCGAACCUUGUCUGGGGAUUUCUCGAGCGUUGUAUUACUGGCCUGACCAUAGAUGUAGUUGUAAAUACUCUGUCUAUGUGGCUCCAGGUGACAAUUUUCAACGUCGCUAUUCUAAGAGUGUGGAACUCUAAGAAGAAGCGUUCCCACCUAAUCGCUAAUAUAGUUUCUACCGUGGUGUCUGUAUUGUACUUUACAGAAUAUCUCUUUGCAAUCGUUCGAGCCAAAAAUGACCCCCAUACAGCCAAAAGGUUUAAUUUUAAUUGUACACUGCCCUUUCACUCCUCUUUCUAG